UUUGCGCUUUUGUUUGGCAAUCCAUCAACGCCGCAAAGGUUACAUUGAAUAACAACAGCCUGCUCUGUUGUGGAAAGAAGUAAAAGCUUAUGACAUGCCAUCGUAGCGUAUAGAAUGACUAACGUCAUAUGAAAAUAAUCUUUUUAUAGCUGCAUAUAGUCCUCUGGAUCAUACUCUGCAAGAUGGUGUCCUACAAGCUCCUGACCCCUGAGGACGUGUACUUUUCGGGCCCUACAUCAGUGGACGAGCCAUUGGAAGAGUCGGCAGAGGACAAACCCCCUGAGAGCCUCCUGCUAGAGAAGAAGACUGUUUGCUCCACCACCACAGGUUUCAUAGCCCUGGGCACCUUCCUGCUGGUGGUCUGUGGCGUAUGGCUGAUCAGCACCAUUUUCUGGCUGCAGAGCCCGAGCGGCAAGCUUCCACACGCACCACCGCCUCCUGGCUCGGCCCCGGUCCCGGCCCCAGCCCCAGCCUCCAGCUUAGCCCCACAGCACGGGCAGGGCAAUGCUACCCCUCCAUCGGAGUCCUGCAGCACCAUCCCUGAGGCCUGGCGCUUCGACUGCUACCCAGAGAGAGGGGUGGUGGUGACACAGGAGCUCUGCGAGGCGAGGAACUGCUGCUUCAUCCCGGCGUCAACGGGGAAGCCUCCAGCCAAGAAUGGCGUGCCCUGGUGUUUCUACCCCCCCAGCUUCCCCACAUACACACUCGAAACUCUGAAUGACACUGACCUUGGUUACACUGGGCAGCUGACCAAGAAGGAGAAGACAUACUACCCCAAAGACAUCGAGACACUCCAGCUGGACGCCUAUUUUGAGACGGACUCGAGGCUUCACGUGAAAAUUACAGAUCCCUCUACUGCCCGCUUUGAAGUCCCCAUAUCUGUGCCUAAUGCCACAAAGAAAGCAUCCAGCCCUCUCUACACAGUGGAAUUCUCCAAGAACCCUUUUGGAUUGGUAGUGAAAAGGACUUCAACUGGGACAGUGAUAUUGAACACGACGGUGGCUCCGCUGUUCUUCGCGGACCAGUUCCUGCAGGUGUCUACGUCCCUGCCCACACAGUACGUCUAUGGGCUGGGCGAGCAUCGAUCGUCCUUCCUCCACAAUGUAGAGUGGAAUACCCUGACCAUGUGGGCUCGUGACGUUCCUCCGACGGAACUGACUAACUUGUAUGGAGUUCAUCCAUUCUACCUGGGCAUGGAGCCAGGCGGAUCAGCUCACGGCGUCUUUCUGUUGAACAGCAAUGCCAUGGAUGUUGUGCUCCAACCGGCGCCUGCCCUCACCUGGCGCACGAUUGGCGGCGUCCUGGACAUCUAUGUCUUCUUGGGUCCGGAGCCCAGCUCUGUAGUGCAGCAGUACCUGGAGGUUGUAGGCUUUCCUGCUAUGCCCAUCUAUUGGGCUCUUGGCAACCACUUGUGCCGCUGGGGAUACAAGUCAAGUAAUGCCACCUGGGACGUGGUGAAGAAUAUGAGAAACUAUGGGAUGCCUCAGGAUGUACAGUGGAAUGAUAUUGACUACAUGGACCGCUCUCUGGAUUUCACAUUUGACCCUCAGCAGUUUUCCACACUCCCAGACAUGGUGAAGGACUUGCACAGUCAUGGACAGCGCUAUGUCAUGAUCCUGGACCCAGGGAUCAGUAGUACCCAGGAGCCAGGCACCUAUUGGCCAUAUGACGAAGGAUUAAAACGUGGCAUCUUUAUCAAUGAUUCCAGUGGACAAACCCUGAUCGGAAAGGUGUGGCCAGGGUUUACAGCCUUCCCUGACUUCUCAGACCAUGAAACACAUGAAUGGUGGUUUGAGAACCUCCAGAAAUACCACGCCAAAGUCUCUUUUGAUGGACUCUGGAUUGACAUGAAUGAGCCGUCAAAUUUUGUGGACGGAUCACUGAAAGGCUGCCCGUCAAAUGACCUGGAAAAUCCUCCUUACACUCCUGGGAUUCUUGAUGGCACACUCAGGUCAAAGACACUGUGUGCUUCAGCACUUCAUAAAACAUCUGUCCACUAUAACCUGCACAGUAUGUAUGGUCUGAUGGAGGCAAAGGCAUCUUCCUGCGCUUUGAAGAGGAUUCUGGGAAAGCGUCCCUUCGUGAUUUCGCGCUCCAGCUUCCCGAGUCAAGGCCGUUAUUCGGGACACUGGCUGGGAGACAACCGGAGCCAGUGGAAAGAUCUGUACAGCUCCAUCCCUGGCAUGCUGACGUUCAACAUCCUGGGCAUCCCAUUGGUCGGCGCCGACAUCUGUGGCUUCGGGGGCAGUACCACGGAGGAGCUGUGUGUGCGCUGGACCCAGCUGGGCGCCUUCUACCCCUUCACCCGCAACCACAACUCCAUCGAUGAGAAGGCCCAAGACCCCACGGCCUUCAGCCCGCUGGCCCGCACGGCCAUGAAGGAGGUGCUGCUGCUGCGCUACUCCCUGUUCCCGCUCCUCUACACCCUCUUUCACCACGCCCACCUGGAGGGCCACACGGUGGCCCGGCCCCUGCUCUUUGAGUUUCCAGAAGAUCCAAGGACAUAUAGUAUAGACAAGCAGUUCCUGUGGGGGAAGAGCUUGCUCGUCACUCCUGUAUUGGAUCCUGGUGUGACCUAUGUAACUGGAUAUUUCCCUAAAGGACUGUGGUAUGACCUUUAUACUGGUAGCUCUGUUAGGAGCAGCGGAGAAGAGCUGAAACUGCAGGCCCCACUGGACAAGAUUAAUGUCCAUCUCCGUGAGGGAGCGGUCAUUCCCACACAGAGGCCCAACACCACCCUGUGGGUGAGCAGCGGCCAGCCCCUCCACCUCAUUUCCACGCUGACGGAUGACGGGGCGGCUGAGGGGGACCUCUUCUGGGACGACGGGGAGAGCCUGGACACCUACGAGACCGAGCAGUACGCUUACAUCGUGUUCCACGUCGCAAAGAAUACCAUGACUUCAGAAGUACUUCAUGAUAAUGUAGAGGCGAGCUAUAUCACCGUGGAGACCGUGUCCUUUUUUGGAUUGAAGAAGGAGCCAUCCACUGUGACCGUGAACUCGCAAGAUGCUGCAUUUACGUACACAGCCAACCAGGUCCUAACCGUGACAGACCUCGGUCUCAGCCUCAGCCGAAACUUCACAAUCAGCUGGACAUAGUAUUGCACAAAGCGUCCGAAGAAUGUGUUCUUGUAUUUUGCUGGCACUGGAUACCUCUACUGCUUUUUUUUUCUGUGAUUAAAAAUGAUUGUGUUCUUUUACUACAAAAUUACCUGGCAACUCAUGGAAGGGGCUGGUAUAUUGAAAGUACUGGUGGAAUUUCCAGAAGCUUCUAAGGAACAGAUUGUCAGUGGGUCAAGUGUUGAUAGUCCUAGCACUUUUUUAAGACCUUCCGGUAGUGUAUAAACUAAUAAAGCAGCUUGCGAGAAAUAUCCAUACAUUUAUCAUUUCAAUAUUUGAGUUACUAUGCCUCAGAUUUUUAUAAUAUCGGUAGAAUUGCGGUGUACAGUGCAGUAAGUAACUUUUUGUGUAAAUAUGUGCUCAGUGUUUACAAGCUAAUUGCACUAGUGAAAAUCAUUAACAAGGAGCAUGGGGGGAAAUGUGAAUUUUAAAUUGAUUUCAUAUGUGUGUUCAUUGUUCUUUUGCUUCUGGGAAGCAUACGGCUUUUUAAUGGAAAGUGUUUCUGUGCUUUGAAAAAUAUGGGGGAAAUCCCAGGAUUCUAAAUGAAAAAAUGGAAGCUCCAUUGUCUACAUAUCUGGCUUUUUAAGUUGUUUUGGGUGCAUUGUGCCUUAAAACCAUCCAGCUGUGAUAUUGGUCUAGAUUAAUUUUAUAGUAGCAUAGCUUUUUUGCCGCAAAUUGAAUCAAUUUCUUUGGAGGUGCAGCUUCUGAAACACUGGUGUAUAAAAGUGCUCCCCCCAAAGAAAUGACAUUUAGGGGAGCUUUUUGAAUCUGACCCAUGCAAAUGGAUGUGCCCAUAACCGGUGGUUUAUGUGCAUUUGCUCUGAACUUAAUGUAAUUAUUUAGAUUUAGAUUAAAGGUUAUAUUGAGAUGUAUCAUAAUAUGAAGAUAAGUAUGCUGAUUUCAGACCCUCAGGAUCAGAAUUAAUAUGUUCUGUAUUUAUGAAUGUAUCGCUUUUUUCCCCGCACUGGUUUCCAUUGGGAGAGUCUGUAUCAGUAUAUAAAUGUGGACUUGGAAUAAAAUAUAUAUUUUUAUGACUCAAGAAAUUAGAAUAGGAUAAUAGUCAUAAAUGUAUGAAUUUAAAGCUUAACACAUACUCGCCAGACAUGAGAUUCUGUAUGACCUCUCAGUUAUUUUUCAGCUAGUCACACAUUAGGAAAACCACAGUUGGGCAUACGGAUAAGUAAAUUGAAAAGGCACUUUUCUGUUAUAAUAUGCUAUGGCUGAACAUGUUUCUGUAUUGCGGACAUGGCUGCUUCUGAAGUAGCCGUGUGAAACGGUGCAUGUUCUCUCAUUCAGCAGGCCCUGUCACUCAUCUAUCUGUAUUGGCUUUGUUUUUCCUUUCUUCUUAGCAGGAGCAUGACACCUGAAACAUGCUGACAAAUGUUUUUAUGCAACAAAUCUUGUUUUUUUUGCGUUAAUGGUUCCUGCAACUGUAGCAACUUGAAUUGUAUUUUGAAAUUUCAGGGUUUUGUUUGAUUGUAAACCUGCAAUUAAAGAGCGUAUCAAAGUGUG